AUGGCGGACCUGAGGUGGGUAUGGUACACGGGGGCUGAGGCUGUUGAGGCUGUCGUGGCAAAUAUGUGCGAACACGCUGCUGAUGUUGAGCUUCAGCGGGACGGCUGCCUCACGCUGCGCAACAACAUGCGACCCAGCAGGUAUGCGUGCAGGCAGGCGAUGGUGGAUGCGGGCGGGCUUGCGGCUGUGGUGGCGGCGAUGGUCGGUCACCCCGCAGAUCUUUUGCUGCAGCGGGCUGGCUGCGGCGUGCUGCAGAACAUGGCUGCCUACGACGCGCACAAACAGGCGGUGGUGGACGCGGGCGGGGCUGCGGCUGUGGUGGCAGCGAUGGGCAGGCACGAUGCGGACGCAGAGCUGCAGCGGUAUGGCUGCGGCGCGCUGUGGAACAUGGCCAUCGGCAGCGACGCGUGCGAGCAGGCGGUGGUGGACGCGGGCGGGCUUGCAGCUGUGGUGGCGGCGAUGGUCGGGCACGCUGCAGACGCCGUGGUGGACGCGGGCGGGGCUGCGGCUGUGGUGGCGGCGAUGGGCAGGCACGCUGAUGUGGGGCUGCAGCGGUUGGGCUGCGGCGCGCUGCGCAACAUGGCUUUCGGCAGCGACGCGUGCAGGCAGGCGGUGGUGGACGCGGGCGGGCUUGCAGCUGUGGUGGCGGCGAUGGGCGGGCACGAUGCGGACGCGGAGCUGCAGCGGCUGGGCUGCGACGCGCUGCGCAACAUGGCCAUCGGCAGCGGCGCGCGUAUCCAGGCCGUGGUGGAAGCGGGCGGGGCUGCGGCUGUUGUGGCGGCGAUGGGCAGGCACGCUACAGAUGUGCAGCUGCAGCGGGCUGGCUGCGGCGCGCUGUGGAACAUGGCCAUCGGCAGCGACGCGUGCAAGCAGGCCGUCGUGGAUGCGGGCGGACUUGCGGCUGUAGUGGCGGCGAUGGGCAGGCACGCUGCAGAUGUGCAGCUGCAGCGGUAUGGCUGCGGCGCGCUGCUGAACAUGGCUUUCGGCAGCGACGCGCGCAGGCAGGCGGUGGUGGACGCGCGCGGGGCUGCGGCUGUGGUGGCGGCGAUGGGCAGGCACGAUGCGGACGCAGAGCUGCAAAGGUUGGGCUGCGGCGCGCUGUGGAACAUGGCUGUCGGCAGCGACGAGCGCAUCCAGGCCGUGGUAGACGCGGGCGGGCUUGCAGCUGUGGUGGCGGCGAUGGGCAGGCACGCUGCUGAUGUGGAGCUGCAGCGGUAUGGCUGCGGCGCGCUGCAGAACAUGGCUGUCGGCAGCGACGCGUGCAAGCUAGCCAUUCUUGGCGCGGGUGGCCUUGCCGCCCUCGUUUCAGCUGGCACCGCCCACCCUACCUGCCACGCAUCCGUCUCUUUGACUGUUCGCCGCUUGGUCGGCGACCUCGGCGCUUUCGCCCCCGCCGCUCCAGCGCCGCCACCGAUACCGCCGCCGGUAGCUGAGCUCGCCGAGGCUGAGCGGGCUCGCCAGCGUGCCGAGCAGCGGGCACAGCAGGAGCAGGAGCAGCGACAGGAGGCAGAACGGCGUGCGCAGGCCUCCCACCAGCGCGAGCAGGAGCUCCAGCAGCAGCUGACGAUCGUGGCGACGUCCAACGAGCUCGACGAGGGCGCCUUCCUCCGGCGCUUCGUCGCCUUCCGUCAGUACGUCGAGAUGUUGCUGGAGUACUUGCCAUCAAAGACGGCGCGCAGCAAACCGUGGAGACUGAAGGUGCGGCGCAGCCAGCUCUGCCGCGACGUCAUCGAGUACUUCUCGCCCACGAACGCCAGACAGAAGCUCUUCCAGCGCACCGAGGUGACAUUCAUCGACGCGCACGGCGGCGAGGAGGAGGGGGAGGACCUCGGCGGUCUGACUGUCGAGCUCUACUCUUGCUUCUUCCGCGAGGUGCUGCUCGCCGGCUCCGGCCUCUUCGAGGGCGCAGGCGACGAUGCGUCGACAAGCAUCGGGCUGCUGCCCUCGCCCACCGCCGACCCGCAGUCGAUGAACAACAUCGGCCGCAUCAUGUGCCGGUGCGUGCUCGACGACCAGCCCCUCGGCCGCGGGCUCGGUCGUUUCGUCUUCGAGUUUCUGGCAGACACGCACGAGUGGCGCGUCUUCAAGGAUGUGCACUCCGCGCUCGCCGUGCUCUCCGACUUCGACCCCGAGCUCUCGCAGCGGUGGGCGCAGCUGCUCGUGCAGCCGACCGCCGGCUUGACGCUCGACUUCUUCGACGAGGACGCGGCGGCGGAGGAGGUGCCGCCGGAGAGCGCGGCGAUGGAGCGGGCGGUGCUGGCGGGCUGCCGCCACAAGCUGCUCGUCAGCCGGGAGGCGAGCCUCCGCGCGCUGCGCGACGGUUUCACGGAGGUCGUGGACCUCCGGGAGCAGCUCGGCGCGCUCAGCGCCUCCGAGCUGCUACUCAUGCUGCGCGGAAACACCGAGCUGAGCUGCGAGGAGCUGCUCGCGUGCUUCGCGUGGCCGGACACGUCGGACAGUGCCGCGGCGAAGGCGGGCUUCGCGGCCGCCGGCUCCGACGCGCCGCGCUACUUGCGCGAGAUCAUCCUCGACGAGUCACCCGAGACGGGGCUGGGCAGUCUCGGGCGGAUGCGGCUGCUCGAGUGGAGCACGGCGCUCACGGCGCUGCCCUGCGGCGGCCUCAAGGACCCGAUCACCCUCAAGCUCUACGAGGGCGCCGACGUGCACGACUUGCCCAACGUCCACACCUGCACACACGAGGUGCACUUGCCGCCGUAUGCGACCCGCCAACAACUGCAGGCGAAGCUGCUGCAGGCAGUAGAGCAUCGGCACGACGGCUUUCUGAUCGAGUAA